AUGAAUUUAAUAAAUAAUAGAUUGGGUAGGAUAGAAUAGACUAUAAUUGAAUAAUAAAAGUAAUUUGAUAAAUUCAAUGAAUUUAAUGAAUUAAAUUCUUUUGAAACUAUUAAUUAGUAAAUAAACUAAUUGGAUGAAUUUUAGAGAAAAUUAAAGGAAGUUGAAAAUAAUGAAACAGAAUAAGUAGAUUAAUUAAAGUAGAUAAUUUAAAAAAUAGGAGCUUAAAACAAAAGUGAAUAAGAAAAAGAAAUUUUAAAGUUAAAUAAUCAAUUAUAGAAUAGGUAUAAAGAAUUCUCAAAAGCUCUUUAAUCAAUAAAAUUUUAAUUUAAUAGUAUUGAAUUUUAUUAAAAAGUGAAUGAGAAAAAAGAGAAACUUGAAAAAUAAUUGUAAGAUGAAAUAAAGAUUUUAGAAGAAUAUUUAGAAAUUUAAAAUCUAAAUACUUAGUUAUUUAAUGAAGUAUUAAAUGAUAUUAAAGCAAAAAAAGGGAAUUAUAAAUAACAAUCUGAAGAAUAGCUCAAAUAAUUACAAUAAACUAAUAAAUAAAAAGGUGAUCGGUUAAAUAUUGUAACUAAUAAAGUAUAUGAAAAAUAAAUAGAAAUAAAUUUUACCUAGAUAGAUGAUAAUUUAAUUAAGAAUUAUGAAUAAUUAAAAAUAUAAGAAGAAUAAUUGCAAAUAGAAUUAAAUUAAAUAAAUGAUAAGAUAUCGAAUUAAUAAUUAAAUCCUUAGUAAUUAAAUGAAUUAAAAGAUUAAAUUAUUAAGGUAUAUUCUAACAUAGAUGAAUUAAAGAUGAAAAUUCCAAAGGAUAUCGAUGUAUAAUAGUACAACAAAAAUUAUCAAUAAAAUUUAGAAUCAUAUGAAAAAUUAUAUGCUUUACUUAAUUAUAUAAAGUAAUAUCAUUUAACAAGAUAUUAUGAAAGAAUCAAGGAAAAUGAAUAAAAAUAAAAAUAAAAAUAAUAAAAUAAGGAUGAAAAUGAUUACAAAAAAUUAUUUUAUUCGAGACUAAAUUAAGUUUAGAAAGAAAAUACAAAAAUAGAGAUGGAAGCAUAAGAUAUAUUCUAAAGAUAUGAAAAUGUUUUAUUUAAAAGUUACAAUAAGAUGGCAAUUGAAAGUAUGGAAAAAGAUUAAGAAGAAAUAGAGAAACAGAUUUAAAUAUAAAAAAAUUUAAUAAAAUCAAGAGACUAAAUAAAAUUAAGAUCUAAAUUGAAAGAUUAAUCAAUGAUCAAAGAGAUUAUUAAUGUCAAAUAAUAUUAUAAAAUAACAGAGUUCACACAAAUGAUAAUAUUGAAUAUGAUAAAAAAAAAUAUAUAAACGAUUCAAUAAGGAUAAAUCAAUCAAUAUUGA